AUGUUCGCCAACCUGCUCAACAUCGUCCUCGCUGCGGUCGCCAUUGGCCAAGCCUCGGCCGCCCCCGCCAACGUCGACGCCCGCGAUGUGACCACCAUCACGACCUCCAUCGGCGGUGCGCCCACGACCGUCACCUUCAUCGGGGGCACAACGGCAGGCGAGACGAAGCCCACGACGAUCACCUUCAUUGGCGGCACGACGGCGGACGAGACGGAGCCCACGACCGUCACCUUCAUCGGGGGCACAACGGCAGGCGAGACGAAGCCCACGACCAUCACGUUCGUCGGUGGCACGACGGCGGACGCUACGGAGCCCAGCACCGUCACGAAGGUGGCUGAGGCCGACCCGACGACGAUCACCUUCAUUGGCGGCACAACGGCGGACGGGACGGAGCCCACGACAGUCACGUUCGUUGGCGGCGGGGUUACGACCAGCACAGUCGUCGGAGGAGUGACGACAAGCACGGUUAUCGGUGGAGUAACCACGAGCACGGUCAUUGGCGGGGUCACCACGAGCACGGUCGUUGGUGGGGUCACUACAAGCACGGUCACUGGCGGGGUCACUACAAGCACGGUCGUCCGCGGCGUCACUACGAGCACUGUCGUCGGUGGGGUCACGACAAGCACCGUCAACGUCAAGACAUCCACGACGAGCGUGGGGGCAGUCUCAACUUCCACCGCGUCGCCCGAGAGCGUCUCGACGUCGACCGCUCUCGUCGGCAGUGUCUCCACCUCCACGGUCUCGCCGGGCGCGGUCAGCACGACGACAGCGGGCCCGGGCUCCACGACCUCCGCCGCUGGUACCAUCGUCUCGUCGACCGCGACGGCUGGCGCCGUCAGCACUACCGCCGCCGCCGGUACCGUAGUCUCGUCGACCGCGACAGGCAGCCCCGUCACGAUCACCUUCGCCGCCGACACCGGGUUCUAA